AUGACGAGCCGUGUGGACCUCUUAAAGCGCUCUAUCAGACUGACCAGACUAAGCCGUUUUUACGCAAGUGAAACCUCUAGAAAAAUGGUCUCCACUACUCGCGAUACCACUUUGUCCCACUCCAUCGACAGAGACGACCCUCACACGAAGUUGAAGCCUGUGGGCUCCAAGGCCAAAGCCAUGUUGGAAGACCCAGUGCCUAAACAGACUCGUCUUUUCGUGGAGGGUCCCAUCGAAUGUCCUUUGGAGGGAUUCCAAUUGUUGAACUCUCCACUUUUCAACAAGGGUUCUGCCUUCACGCAGGAAGAAAGAGAAGCCUUCGGACUUGAAGCCUUGCUGCCUCCUAUGGUUAACACUCUCGACGAGCAGGCCGAAAGAGCCUACAAGCAACUUUGCUACCUCAAGACGCCAUUGGCUAAAAAUGACUUCAUGACCUCCAUGCGUACUCAAAACAAAGUUCUUUACUUUGAGCUUGUGAGACGUCAUAUUCGUGAGCUAGUGCCUAUCAUUUACACACCCACUGAAGGUGACGCCAUUGCCGCUUACUCCCAUCGUUUCCGUAGACCCGAAGGUGUCUUCCUCGACAUUACAGAGCCAGACUCUAUCGAGCGUCGUCUCGAGUCUUACGGUACCAGCAAGGAUGUCGACUAUAUUGUUGUUAGUGACUCCGAGGGUAUUUUGGGUAUCGGUGACCAAGGUAUUGGUGGUAUCAGAAUUUCUAUUUCAAAGUUGGCUUUGAUGACACUUUGCGCCGGUAUUCAUCCCGGACGUGUUCUACCUGUGUGUCUCGAUGUUGGUACCAACAACAAAAAGCUUGCUCGUGACGAGCUGUAUAUGGGUAACCGUUUCGCCAGAGUGCGCGGUAAGCAAUAUGACGAUUUCGUGGAUAAGUUCGUGAAGGCUGUCAAAAAGAAGUUUCCAUCUGCCGUACUCCACUUCGAAGAUUUCGGCGUUACAACCGCCAGACCAAUCUUGGAUCGUUACAGAAACGAGGUUCCAUGUUUCAAUGAUGAUAUUCAAGGAACUGGUGCUGUGGUCAUGGCUUCUUUCUUAGCUGCCCUCAGACACACCAAAAGAGACUUGGGAGACUCUAAGAUCUUGAUCUAUGGUGCAGGCUCUGCUGGUUUGGGUAUUGCAGACCAAAUCAAAAACCACAUGGUCACCCACGGUCUGUCGGAAGAAGAAGCUCAUGGCAAAAUCUACUUGAUGGACAGACGCGGUUUGAUUUUGAAGUCGAUGGAAGCAUUCUCAUCACCAGGUCAAUACCUAUACUCCAAGCCCGAUGAAGACUGGUCAAACGUGAACACCAACUCUCUUUUGGAAGUUGUCGGCCAAGUGAAGCCCACUUGUUUGAUAGGCUGCUCCACUCAAGCAGGUGCCUUCAACAAAGCUAUUGUUACAGAAAUGCAUAAACACAACCCAAGACCCAUCAUUUUCCCACUAUCUAACCCAACAAGACUACACGAGGCCGUUCCAGAAGAUUUGAUGAAAUGGACCAACUUCGAAGCCCUUGUCGCUACCGGUUCACCAUUCCCUCCUGUCAACGGCUACCGCAUUUCCGAAAACAAUAACUGUUUCUCAUUCCCAGGUAUUGGGUUGGGCGCCGUGCUAUCUCGUGCCACAUCUAUCACUGACACAAUGAUUUCGGCUGCCGUGGAUCAAUUAGCUAGUCUGUCCCCCAUGACGGAAACAGACUCGAAGCCUGGUUUGUUGCCACCUCUGGAAGUCAUCAACGACACCUCUGCUAAGGUGGCUACAGCUGUUAUUUUGCAAGCCUUCAAGGAGGGAACUGCCCGUGUCGAGGAAGAAAGCGUGCCUGGUUCGAGCAAAAAGGUCGAAGUUCCAAGAGAUUUUGACGCUUGUCUCAAAUGGGUCACCAGACAGAUGUGGAAGCCCGAUUACAGACCAAUGGUCAAGGUGCAACAUGACCCAAAGGUUUUUACUCACCAGUACUAA